CACCAAAUGAGCAUGAAGAUGGGUUCUUAGAAUUUAAGAAGACAUUUAUCGGAACUUCUCAAUAUAAAGUUCCUCUUGAAGAAGCAAAUGAAAAGGUAUCAUUAUUGGACCUUGCGCAAUUGCAAUACAAACUGGAGAUGUAUUUAAGCGAUUGA